AUGGACCUAGAAAGGUUAAAGAACCAGUACAAAUUUCUGACAAGCUGGCCGGAGUACAACUUUGACGAGCUGCGAGGAAUUAUCGUGAAUGACUAUGAAAAUAGCACCUGCAAAAAAAUCGAAGGAGUAAACCAAUACCAUAGGAAAAAAAAUUGCAUCACAUUCUACAGCAUUUUAGAGAAUCUAGUUCAUAGAGUAGGUCUAACAAGCAGCAAGCAUGAUAUAUGGAAAGAAUUUUUAGGUCGAAUAAAUGCUGAAGAAAAUUUUGAUUACUCUUCUCCAGUGAUUGGUAAUUUUAAUUAUAUUUUUGGAUCCCUCCUUGAAGAAAAUAUUUUAAAAAAUUUUAAUAUAAAAAUUUGGAUGGAAAAAGGAAUGAAGUUGAGGAUAUAA